AUGGAUCCGUCUAACCCUUUUGACUUCCCAUUCGAUGGUAAGCAAGACAACAGUGUUCUUCUCUGUGAUUCCAAGCCUGACGAGCCAGACCCAGAGACAAUCCCGACACUGUGGCCAGACGAUGAAUUCCCUGCUGGCAUUGUGGCCGAUCCAGAUCCCAACAAGGGAGCCAUACAAGAUCCAAAUGACCCAUCUUCCUCAGCACAUCCAACAGACGGCGAUGCCAACACUGAACAGCAGUAUCUCAAUCCUGAGAUCGGCAGUUGGCCAGAUGUCCAAGACCCGGCCCUCGACCAACCGGGGGACGAAACAACCUUCACGGAAGGCAAUCCUAGUGGUGUGUAUGGCCAUGCAAACUUCCACACCAUCGAGUUUCCAGAUUUCGAAGAGCAGAUUGAAUGGAGAGGUCAGCCAAUUGGGCUCCCCACAGACACCGCUGGCUAUGCGAAUCCUUUCCCACAGUUCGAUACAAGUAUCGAUCCAAACAUUGAGGGAAUGGCCAUCCAGGGGGGCCAAGCCACCUCGCUUUUAACGAACAAUGCUUUCAAUGAGCUCGCUUUGAUUGGGCCGGGCCCUGCAAUUGCCGAGUUCGAAAGCCCUGGGGGCUUGCAACCAGCUAGUGGUCAGGAUGACAUGAGAUAUCCAAACGAUUUCAUGAACCAGUGGGUAUCUUUCGCUCCAGAUUUGUCCGCCAACGACAAUGCCAACACACUCCCACUCGAGUAUGGAGUCGAAAACGAGGAGACUGUUGAGGGAGCUCUGCCGUCCAGAGCAAUAUAUCAGGGUCAAGACGUACCACUCGCUUCCACAUACAGCACGUCACUCCCAAACCCGACGAUACAGUAUCCAUUAGCACCCAGCAGCAUCAUACCGGUGCAGGGAAAUCCUGCCCAGGAUUCACCACAGGCACCGCUGGCCAGCAGUGGAGCUGGACCAGGCAUUGCUCAAGGUGCUGGACCAGGCACUGCUCAAGGUGCUGGACCAGGCACUGCUCAAGGUAGUGGGACUGAUGGUAGGAGGCGAGCGUUUUCCAACAAUCCACGACUCCCCCGUGUGCGCGAUGUCAUGCCGAGGUCGGCGCCUCACCAGAGGCUAUCGACAAACUUGGUGCCCUCACAGCAAGCCAUCACGCUUGGUCGUGGCAGAAAUUCGGGUCUGAACCAGCUUGCUCUGUUCGGGUUGGACGAUGUCCCCAGGACAAUAUACCCCUUGGAAGUCCACAGAGGACGUAUGGGCCGUGCUUCGUCAUCACAGUAUCCUGCGGCAGACACGAUCCUGCCUGCAAGGCUCUCAUUGCAGGAAAUUUGUAAACAAUACCCAAACCACGUUUGGGGCUCGCUGCUCCGCAUUUUCAUCGCGGAAGGCUGGACCGCCGAACAGAUCUGGCAGGAGUUGCCGGAAGACUAUCGCCACAACGAAGCGACCACCAGGCCGUGGAAUUACAUACAAGCAGCCUUUGGUCGCGAAACGGACCAAAUGACUAAAGAGGAGACAGGACAGAAGCGAGUGCCAGCGAAGAGAAAGAAGGACGACGGCGAUGAUGACCUUCCUCCUCUCCCUCUCCCAACCACACGCCAGCUAGGACUGCCACCAUUGCCCUCUGGGCCGGCCAUUCCUGUUGUCCCUUCGCUUAUGAACCCUGUCCUGGCUCCUCAGUCUGUGACUGCUUCUGCUCCGAUACCGACUGCUUUCGCUGCCCCUGUUCCUAUGGCUAUGCAUAUGCCAGCCCCAGCAAUGCAGCAUCAGGAGGACAGCAUGACUGUCCAGCAAUUGCAACAGAAUGUCACCCAGCAAAGAGAUAGGAUCAUGGAGAUUCUAUUGCAGAUUGAAAGGAUGAGAACUCAGAGCACGUCCGAGAACGUGACAGUUCAAGCAACCGUGAUCGAGUACAGAAACCGUCAGGAUCGGUGGAUUCAGUCCGUGGCGGCUCGCUUUGGUCACCUAGCCCCAGGAGAAGACCUCGGAAGUCUCAAUAUCGUCGACCUGAUUCGGAGAGUAUUCGAGAUACAGAACCCGAACUUCUCAGCCACUGAGACAUUCCUGAGCUAUCAAGCCAGGACUACCUGGUUCGCAUGGAGACAAUACCUUCGCUUGGUAACGUUGUGGGCCCGCGACUAUGAGCAGAUGCGGGAUGAGAUGGUGCAACUGGCACAUGAGAUCUAUGGCUGA